AGAGCAGAGCAUCAACAAUCAGUUGACUGUUGGACUCGGAGCAUGUUGUUAAUGGGGAACUGUUCAAUCCUCGACUCCUUCUGCAUAUCUGCUGUAUAAAGUGUGUUUGAUACGAAAUAUGGAUUUCGAUCGCGUGCUCGAAAAGUGCGGAAGUUUCGGACGCUUUCAAUUUGUUAUCUUAAUACUGUACGGGUAUACGAAUAUAUUGAGUUCAUUGCAUUAUUUCUCGCAAACCCUUAUAACAUUUACGCCGGAGCAUUGGUGCUCCCAUGAUGAUCUUCAUGGUCUCAGCGCAGAGUCGAUACGCUCUAUUUAUUCAAAUGUGACUAAUCCCUCCUGCACUUUGCUCAAUGGCGUGGUCAAUGGCACAGGCAUUGCUGACGAGCAGGAGACUUGCCAAAAUUGGAUUUUCGAACGUGAAAGCGGCUACGAGAGCUUGACGACUGAGCUGAAAUGGGUCUGUGACAAGUCGCAUCAGCCGGCCGUGGGUCAAUCGUUCUUCUUUGUGGGCUCUGUGGUGGGCACCGUUACAUUUGGCUAUCUCUCGGAUCGCAUUGGCCGCCUGCCAGCCAUGUUAAUGGCCACCGUAGCUGGAGCAUCCGGCGACUUUAUGACGUCAUUUGUGCACACCUUGCCCUGGUUUGCGUUCUCAAGAUUUGUGUCGGGUCUCUCCACCGACACUAUGUACUAUUUGAUGUAUAUUUUGGUGUUCGAGUACCUCAGUCCGAAGCGCCGCACCUUUGGUCUUAACAUCAUACUCGCCUUCUUCUACUGUUUCGGGCUGAUGACUUCGCCAUGGCUCGCCAUCUGGAUUGGCAACUGGCGCCACUACCUAUGGAUAGCCUCGUUGCCCGCCCUCGGAGUGCUCGCCUAUCCGCUCUUAAUCUGCGAGAGCGCUCAGUGGCUGCUUACUAAGAAACGAUACGAUCAAGCCGUGAAAUGCCUCAAGUGGGUGGCAAAGUUCAAUGGGCGACAGGUGGAGGACUCUGUCUUUGACGAGUUCAUUAAGCACUAUCGCGAGAAGGUGAUCGAGGAACAGAAACUAACUAAGCACGAGGACACGUUUAUGGGAAUGUUUCGAACACCGCGUCUGCGACGAUUCACCUUGACAUUGCUGCUCAAAUCCGUCAUUAUUACACUGUCUUAUGAUGUGAUAAACCGCAAUAUGGAGGGUCUCGGCACAUCACCCUUUAAGCUCUUCUCUUUCACGUCGAUAAACUAUUUGCCAGCUGGCUGCACGAUUCUGCUUCUUCAAAAUAUUAUCGGCCGCAAGGGCAUGGCUUGUGGGGCACUCCUGGUGGGCGGCAUUAUUACCACAGUCACAGGCUUCCUCAUCGCCUUCCUGGACCCGAAGGAAAACGCUCUCCUGCUGGCCAUUAUGAUCGGCCUGGGUCGCUAUGGGUCGACAGUGUCCUAUGAUGCCGAAAUUCAGUACGCCGCCGAGAUAAUACCAACGAGUGUGCGAGGGCGUGCCGUCUCCAAUAUACAUGUGAUUGGGCUUGCCUCGAGUUCAUUGUCCUUCUACGUGAUCUACUUGGCAAAGUUUUAUAAGCCGCUGCCGUCGAUAUUCAUAAGUUGUCUUAUGUUCCUUGGCGCUGGCCUAUGUCUGACGCUUCCGGAAACUUUACACAAAAAACUACCUGAAAACCUGGCCGAUGGUGAACGCUUUGCUAUGAACGAGGGCUGCUUGUAUUUCCCAUGCUUCAAGAAACACCGCCAAAGCCUAACGGAAACUGGCGAUAAAAAGUCUGAUGCUUAGCUCCUGGCUACCUAAGCCGAUCCAUCUGAAACUGAUUCAGUAAUAAAACCCCAUAACCUGAUAAUGAGCUUAACGCAAUGUUAGUUCCUGUAACUGAAUGGUCUGAUAAGUAUUACUCAUGUAAAGAAUGCAUAGUAAUCGGGAUUUAACCGUUAAAUUAUAUAUACAUGUAUUCCGCUUAAUCUAUUUUGAUUUUAAUUAAACU